CCGGCGACCGCGGGCAUGGCGGCGGCGGAGGUCUACACGCCAGCGCCGCCGCUGCAGCACCGGGGGCAGGCGGUGUGGCUGGCGGUGGUGGGGUGGCUCGGGCUCCUCCUGCAGGUCCUUCUCCGGGUCAUCCGCGGCGCGCCCUCCUCCUGCGCGAAGCUCCUCAAGUUCCUCGGCCUCCGCCACCCGCUCCUCUCCGCCGCCCCCGCGGUGGCCUUCGCGCGGCUCCCAACCGAGGCCCCCCGUGCUGACGAGUUGCGUCCUCUGCCGCCCCUGUCUCCGCCGCCUGGGCGGCUCACGGUAGUGCUGGACUUGGAUGAGACAUUAGUCUGUGCAUACGAGUCAUCGAGCCUUCCUGCUACCGUGCGCACCCAGGCGAUCGAAGCAGGGUUGCAUUGCUUUGACAUGGAGUGUGUGUCAUCUGAGAAGGAUGCCCAAGGCAGACAGAGGAUGAACCGUGUAACUGUAUUUGAGCGUCCUGGUCUGCAUGAGUUCUUGCAGCAGACUAGUGAAUUCGCCGAUCUUAUACUCUUCACAGCUGGUUUGGAAGGAUAUGCAAAGCCCUUGGUUGAUAGGAUAGAUGCUCACAACAGGUUCUGCCACCGUCUCUACAGACCGUCAACUGUUAAUACGGAAUACAGAGACCAUGUAAAGGAUCUUUCUUGUUUGUCCACAGAUUUCCGUAAAAUUGUACUUGUUGAUAACAAUCCAUAUAGUUUCCUACUACAGCCACUGAAUGGGAUACCGUGCCUUACGUUUUCAGCUAGACAGCCCGUGGAUAACCAGCUCAUGGGAGUGAUCUUUCCGCUUCUCAAGCAUCUCUCUCUUCAAAAGGAUGUUAGACCGGCGUUGUAUGAUACAUUUCAUAUGCCAGAGUGGUUCCAAAGAAAUGGGAUCCCAGAUAGUGUUGGUCAGGCAAGGUAAGUUUCACAGCAACCGAAUUGGAUUAUAUUAGGUGAAAGCUCAAAGGCGAGCUGCUCGUCUGGGGAGUAUACUUGUACAUUUAUAUCCAUUUGGGUCCUUCCAUACGAGGCAUUGUUCAAAUGGAGUUGCCAUGCCCAGAGACAAGAAGGAAAAUGUUAUGUAGGUUUUGGCAGACAUUUUCAUGUCAUGAACCAUAACUUAUCGCUGUAUAGCACUUUUUUUUUGCUGUUGUUGACGGCUGAGAUAAUCCGACUGAAGGUUUUGUGUGUAUGAAGAGUAAAGAGUGAAGUUUGGUCGAGGUUCUACACUUA